GGAUAAUUUUAACGCAUUAGUGUGGUACGCGAUGCGGUUACUAAUUAAAAAUAACAUUCUGUGCAAUCUAUGCAAUAAUUAGUAAGAACUUAAUUAAGCGCAAUUCCUUGUCGGACGGAUACAUAUGGAAAUGUAAUGGAUGUGGUCAGCGUACUUCAGUAAGAGAUGGUUCGUUCUUCUCCAAAAGCCUGCUACCGUUGAAGAAAAUGAUAGUCAUCAUUUAUGGCUUUGCAAAUGACUUCCCACAAACCCAGAUCAAGAUUGAAUCUGGGGUUGGAAGUCCCACUAUUGUCGACUGGUGCAAUUUCUGUCGAGAAGUGUGCACCAGAUAUUUGCAAGAGCACCCUGUGGAAAUUGGAGGAUUCGAUGAAAAUGGUCAACCCAUUACGGUAGAAAUUGAUGAAUCCUACUUCUUCCCCAGGAAGUACAAUAGAGGUGCUUAUAGGCCCGGACGCUGGAUUUUUGGUGCUGUGGAGAGGAAUAGUGGCAAAUUAUUCGUGAUACCGGUGGCAGCAAAAAGCGAGGAAAUACUAUUGCCCAUCAUAUCCAGAAUGAUUUUACCGGGGUCAAUAAUUGUUUCCGAUGGAUGGAGGGCGUAUACCAAUAUCGGUCGCUUAGAAGGAGGGGUGUAUGAACACAGGGUUGUGAUUCAUUAGCAAAAUUUUGUAGACCCUGAUGAUGAUAGUGUUCAUACACAGACCAUUGAAAGUGUGUGGAUGCGAGCAAAAAGAAGCUCCGCAGACAAUGCGGAACUUCUAGAGAUUUGUUCGAAUCAUAUCUGGACGAAUUUCAAUGGAGAGAGCGGAUAAAAAACAGGGACAUAUUCGUAGAGUUUUUAAUUUGUCUACAAGAACAGUUCGUAGUUUAAUUAAAUUUAAGAUUAGUUUAGUCAGUCGGUAGUAGAAUUUUUAGUUUAGUUUAAUUUAGUUUAGUUUGCUUUUUAGCAGAACAAUUCAUAGUUUAAUUAAAUUUAAAAUCAGUUUAUAUAGUUUAGUUUACACUUUUUAAUUAAGUUGUGUGUAUGUAUGUUUUUGUGUGUGUGUGUGUGUGUGUGUGAGAGAGAGAGAGAGAGAGAGAGAAAAAGAGUGAGAGAAGAUGAAGAAGCAGGUCAUUUAGCCACAGUUUUUAAAAUUUUAUUUAUUAAAAGUGCUUACUAGGUACCUUUGAACCUGCUUAAAUUUAUUAUACAUUAUCACAUUUCACAUUCUUUGUGAUUUAUUAUUAAUGUAAUUACUUAGAUCCAAUUACAUAAUGUAUAGGUUGAACGUUUAAAGAAACAGAACUUAUUUUUUCCAACUUUUUUAUAAUGGUUUUGUAAUGUAAUAUUACAUGUGGUUCUAAAUAUUUUGACCAGUAAAUUGAUGUGUCUCUAUUUCUUUUUUAUAUACAAAUCAUAAUAAAAUGCUUUUAUACAAAGCAAAAUACAAUUCUUCAAUUUUUAAUAUAACAUUUUAAAUAGAGUCUUCAUUUCGAAAAACAGUAGGUACAAAGAUUACCAAUUAACGUUGACGAAUAAUCAAAUAAAUCACUAUUCUACUAAAUAUUUGCACUUGGCACUGUGUAUAAUAUAUUAUGUGACUUUUUAAGCUAACUUUAUUACAUAUCUAUAAUUUGUAGAUCUGUAUAUUUCUUUUAAUUAAUUAUUAAAUGUUCUGACAGUUUUAUGUAAAUUAUUUAUACUUAUUACAAAUAGCAAUUUUUUUAAUUUCUGCGUUUGUCGGUUUGAUUAAUAAAAUUCUUUAUUAUCGCGAUAUUUGUCAUUUCAAAUAAGUACUUUAAUUAAUACUAAUACACAUUACAUUAUAAUACACAACACUAAAUUUACAUUUGUUACCAGGUUGACGUUUUGUUAUGGAAUUAUAAUAUUAAAUAUUUAUACAAAAAAAUAUAUACCUACCUUUUACCCAUAUAAAUAGCUACCACUUCCAUUUUAGACAAAUUAUAUUUUUCCUAUAAUAGUACUGUGGACUUUCUGUAUAUCUGUAUAAUAGUACUGUAUAUCUGUAUUUUCAGUUGCAUAUAGUCUGGAGCCUAUAUCACAGCUUUAUUAUUUCUGUGGACUUGUAUAUCUGUGUUUUCAGUUGCAUAUAUUCUGGAGUCUCUUAUUAUCACAGCUUUUUAAUAUUCUUGUCUUAAAUCAAUGUUAGAGUUUUUUCGAUUGCUAUAAGUUCAACUGAAAAGAUGCUAUACUAUUAGAUAAUCUGUAAUUAUUUUAUUGGCGACUUUAUUAUUUAUACAAAUCUUAUUUUUAUAUAGAUAAUAAUAAAUAAAGUAUAUAGUAAAAUCUUAAAACAGCAGAA